AUGCGAACUAGUAACUCAAGAUCCCUGAAACUUUGGUAUAAAUGCUGUCGGUCUUCUACUAGAGCAUCAGUAAGAUACAACUCUCUCAAAAUGAAAUUCGUAGUGCUUUCCCUCCUCGUCGCCGUGGCCUGUGCCGACCGGCUGUACGAUGCCCCAGCGGCUCGUGCUGCCUCCGACGAGAUCGCCAUCUUGAGGGACGACCGCGUGAUCGAGGACGACGGAAGGUACAACUUCGACAUGGAGACUGCCAACGGAAUCGUCAUGUCUGAGUCUGGCUCUCCUACAGGAGACGAGGGAGCCAUCAACAGUGCCGGAUCCUUCUCGUACACCGCUCCUGACGGCACUGAGGUCCACCUUCAGUACGUAGCUGACGAGGGCGGCUUCCAGCCACAGGGCGCCCACCUGCCAGUGGCCCCGACAAUAUCUGACCCUAAUUAUGUAUCACAGGUAGUGCUUUCCCUCCUUAUCGCCGUGGCCUGUGCCGACCGGCUGUAUGAUGCCCCAGCGGCUCGUGCUGCCUCCGACGAGAUCGCCAUCUUGAGGGACGACCGCGUGAUCGAGGACGACGGAAGGUACAACUUCGACAUGGAGACUGCCAACGGAAUCGUCAUGUCUGAGUCUGGCUCUCCUACAGGAGACGAGGGAGCCAUCAACAGUGCCGGAUCCUUCUCAUACACCGCUCCUGACGGUACUGACAUCCACCUUCAGUACGUAGCUGACGAGAACGGCUUCCAGCCACAAGGUGACCACCUGCCCGUGGCCCCCGAGUUCCCCCACCCGAUCCCUCAGUUCGUCCUCGACCAGAUCGCCUUCGCUGCUGAGGAGGACGCUCGCAAUGCCCGUGGAGAAGUCUCCCGCUCCUAUGGUGCUCCUCUUGAUGACUAAACUGUGUUAGUCGAAUAACUCUCCACCGCUGAUUUACUAUUUAUAUUUACAUUAUAUACUGAUAUUAUAUCAUCUGCUGAUGCAGACUAUCUCCUAUUUAUUGUUGCACAAAUAAAUCUCAUACCAAA